UUCUCCCACAACAACCACAGCUGCUGCCACAGCAACCACAGAUUCUCCAACUACAACAACAAAUGGAGUCACAACAACCACAGUUUCUCCCACAACAACCACAGGUGCUGCCACCACAACCACAGGUGCCGCCGCCACAACCACAGGUUCUGCCACCACAACCACAGGUACCGCCACGGUCACCACAGCAGGCAUCACAACUUCCACAGUUGCUCAUUCAACAACCACAGCUACUCCAUUUACAACCUCAACUACGUCCACAGAUUCUCCAACUACAAACACUGUUGGCGUUGCAAAAACCACAGCUUCACCAACUACAACUACAGCUGCUGCCACUUCAACCACAACAGCUGCUCCCAAAACUACAGCUGCCACCACAACAACCACAGAUUCUCUAACUACAAACACAGCUACUGCCACAUCAACAACUUAUCCAACUACAACCACAGUAGCUUCCUCUGCAACCACACCUUCUGCCACAACAACUAUACCUGCUGCCACUACUACCACAGCUGCUCAAACUGCAACCAACACAGCAGCCAACACAACCACAGCAGCUGCCACAACAACCAUAGUUGCUUCCACAACAACCACAUCAUCUCCAACUACAAUCACAGCUGACAAAACAACAACCACAGCUUCUGCCACAAAAACUACAGAUGCUCCAACUACAACCACAGCUUCUGCCACAAAAACUACAGAUGCUCCAACUACAACCACAGUUUUCGUUACAACAACCACAGCUGCUCCUAUAACAUCCACAGCUUCUGCCUCAAACACCACUGUACCAACGCCAACCAACAUUGUUCCCACAACCACCACAGCCACCGCUACCACAACUAAGUCAACAGCGGCACCGACAGCGAAUGAGGGGUCAAUGGGAUUAGGAUUCAGAAUGUUCCGUGCAUUCCAAAGUGACUAUACUGACUCUACCACAACAGCAUAUCAGGAACUGGCAGAAAAUGUUACCACAGAGGUGAAUCAUGGUUACAAAAGAAUUUACCCUUUAACAUACGUAAGGUGUAGGAUUAUUCAGUUCACGAGUGGGUCAAUUAUUGUCAACAUGACCCUUAUUUUCAAGAACCAGACAGUGGUUCCCAAUGUAACGAGUGUGGAGCAGGGAUUGAAUGACUCUCUGUCUCACGGGAACACCUUCCUCGACAUUGACACAACCUCCAUUACUGCAAGAACUACAACUUCUGCAGCCACCACAUUUGCCGCAACUACCACAGCCACCCCCACAACAACAACAACAGCUGGUCCUACACCAAACACAGCUGCUUCAACAACAUCUGUUGUUGAAACAACAAUAAACAAUGCUGCCGCCUCCAGUGGAAUAACCUACAAGACAAGUCUACUCAUCUGUCUUGUUAUGUUGUCACAACUGCUUGACUAAUACUGAUAUAACUGAUCACCACUGUGACAUAUAAACUUACCAACAAUGUAAUCAUAUUAAUUAUUAGAACUGUAUACUCUUUAUUAUUAUUUAUUACCCCAAAAUGUACAGGGAAAUGUGAAUUGCUAACAGCUUGAGGAUAAUGUAAAAAAAAAGAUAGCUGUUCUACCAAUUAUCAACAGGAUUCUAAGAAUCUUGAUAGUUAUUCCUUCUACUUACUGCACUAAUACUUAUUGUAACUGAAUGGUGUAUUUAUACUGUUUUGUAAUUCACUAUUACUCAUACUUUGAAUGAAGAAAAUGCUGGGUUCAUUUUCUGUACCGGAUUAAUGAAGAAAUUAAAUUAAAUGCAAUCCAUUACCUGAAAAGACAUUCACUUCCCUUAAGUUACAUUUCAAUAAUUAUUAUUGUGUGCCAACUGCAUCUGUUAUGUCUUGUUCACAUACAACAUAAAUACCACUUUAGUUCUAUGAUAGGAAUGAGAUAUGAAUAUCAGAAGAUCAAUUUCAAGCAGAACAGGACAUUUGUUCACAACAAAAACAUAGACAACAUAGGCAACAAAAACAUAGACAAUGGUUAUGAUACGGUUGGACAGUUAUCCCAGAAAGGUUUUUUUAAAUUCAUGAAUAUCCGAAGGUAUAUUUCAUAGGUAGAAAUUCAUUAAAAUAUUAGACUGGCUGUAAUAUGUUACUGGGUGUUUGUGAUGUGAAAUCUGUUGUCAACAAACUUUAAAAAUGGGAUAAACGAGA